CACAGUCAAUAUGCUUCUCAGACAGUCAGCAGUAAGACACCAUGGAGGUUACAACUUUCUGCAUCCCACUGUUGAUGAAUGUGUUGGUGUUGCUGGUUGCCCAUAUUCAGCAUGGUUAUCCUCAGACAACUGUUUCAGACGCAGCUUUUCGUAUCGUUCCAACCAGACUGCAGCUCUUUGAAUACGAGUCUGUCCACUUCACCUGUGAGGGGUUUAAUGUCUCAGCUGGGUGCAGAGUGAGAACCAUCAAGGAAUUCAUUCCAAAAUGUUCAAAUGACAUAAUAACAUCAACAGUGACCUGCACCAUUGACUUUGCCUUUCAAUCAGACAGUGGAGAAUACUGGUGUGAAGCUGGAGGAGGAAAGAGAAGCAACACUGUCAACGUCACUGUCACCGCUGGUUCUGUGAUUCUGGAGAGUCCUGCUCUUCCUGUGAUGGAGGGAGACAAUGUGACUCUGAGCUGUAGAACCAAGUUGACUUCCUUCUCCAGUCUCAUCACCAAUUUCUAUAAAGAUGGCCGCCUCAUCGGGAGCAGUCCUACAGGAAACCUGACCAUUGAAAGUGUUUUCAAGUCUCAUGACGGCCGCUACAAGUGCAACAUCCCUGGAGCUGGAGAAUCACCAGAGAGUCGGCUGGCUGUCAGAGGUGCUGAUGUGAUCAUGGAGAGUCCUGCUCUUCCUGUGACUGAGAGAGAAGCUGUGACUCUGCGCUGUCGAACGAAGGAAGCUCCCUCUGACCUCCCAGCUGGUUUCUAUAAAGAUGGUCUUAUCAUCAGGAGCAGCUCUACAGGAGAGAUGACCAUCCAGAUUGUUUCCAAGUCUGAUGAAGGACUCUACAAGUGCAGAAUCUCUGGAGCUGGAGAAUCACCAGAGAGCUGGCUGGCUGUCAGAGCACCUCACAGAGAGACCUGUCUCUGCUCGGAUCACUUCAUUUAUGUCCUCCUCAUCUUAAGGACUGUGUUCACCAUAGUGAUGGUGGCUCUGCUGCUGCUGCUGGUGGGACUGCUGCACUCUGGGAAACUCAGAGUCAAACAUAAAUAACUGAUACUCAUGUGUAAUGGUAGAGGUAGUUUGGACAUCAACGGGAUGGAGCCGAGAACAUCCCAUCCUCUGAGUCUAGGAAAUCCACCAAAGAUGCACUUUGCAUUACCAAGAUUUCUUUUACAUUUAAUUUUCAUCUGUUUUUAUUUUGACCUUUGUUUCAGUUGGGUUGAAGGUGUCAGACUCUCUUGUUUACAUGUUCAUAUGUGCAGAGACUUUCUCACACAGAAAAGGUUACAAACCACAGAGGUUCUGAUGCACGGAGUAUUUUUAAAAGACGGGCUGUGUGUUUUCUCAGUAUGUGUUGGUCUGUGUUUUAUUUUAGACUCUACAGAUGCUGCUGAUAAUUUUAGCUCCUCAGACACAAACCACAUGAGAACCUGUAGAUCUGUAGAAGAGGCGUUCAGGAGCCUCUGUAGAAACAACAAACAGCAGUGUAAAGAGUAAACUGUGUCUUGUAUAAUGGGAAGUAUAAGGACAGAAUUGAGUCAGUCUAAAUAUUCACAUUUGCUCCUGUUAAACCAUCGGCUGUGUUACUGCAUCACCUGCCUUUUUGUUUAGUUGUUGGUUCAGCAGGAGGGAGAUUGAGGGAGGAUGAGAGAAGAGAGAGUUACAAAAUAAUGUAACAUUAAAACCGAUUGUGUUUAUAUAUUUUU